AUGUCCCCAGUCUCGAGCGCCACAACAAUUAAGCAGCAGUACGAGCAUACGCAGGUUCAAUUUUCCAUGCAAACUCUUGUGCAACGCAUUAACGAUCUCACCGCAUAUCUGGGUGCACAUGCGGAUGGCGUGGAAACAGUCAUUCAGGAUCACGACAAGCUUGUUCGGAAAAACGAGCGCAGGAAACAGCUGAUGAAGGAGAAAGAUAACAAGAUCCAAGCGCUCCAGGAAACGGUCACUUCAAACCUGACUAGUUAUGAAAGAAGACAUGCAUCAUUCUUGCACGAAAAGGCGGAUUUGACGGCACGCCAUUCCCUUGAGACGGCCAAGCUACAAGCUGAAUUGGCCGAGUGGAAACGGAAAUCAGCUCAGCUUACACAAGAAGUGGACAAGGCAAAGAACGACGCUGAGCUUGCGAAAACGCAGCUCGACGUCGCCGUUCAAACUUUAGCACAAUGGGAGCAGUACACGUCCCAUAUGCAGCCGCUGGACCGGGAUAAGAUGGUAUCGAGGAUCGAUGAAUUUUUCGACAUUUUCAACAAGACCAUCCAAGCAUGUUUUAUUCCCGAUCUUUCUGCCGACAUCCUUGUCAAACGCGAUGUGUGGAGUAACGGCCUCAAGCAACUCGGGAUACAGAUCUGCGACAUGCCGUUCGAGAUCCCGCCUCUGAACACGAAACUGGCUAAAUUACUCCGUGUGGCUGCAGCGAUGCACGUCAUCUCGUCGGAGCUGACGACGCACGUCUUCCAGCCGUGCUACAUACCGGGGUCAACAGACCAGAGCGCGACUUUGCAACAGAUGAUGAGAAGCCGAUUCGAAGCCGGCUCCAAGCAGAGACAACUGAUGCGCGCGUUCUGGCUAGGAAGCAACAGCAAGACUCAAGAAGAGCUAGGCCGAGUGAUGCACGAGCGGAGCUUGACUGCUCGAGACAUGGUGGUCAGAAAACUCUCCUUCAUGUGUAAUGACGGUGACGGCGACGGCGACGGCAGCAGUGGCAGUGGCAGUGGCAGCAGCACAGGUCUCGCAAGUAGGCUCGAGGAGAUGUUCACCGAGGCCGCCAAGCUGUGGACGAGCAUGCAGUAUAGCAGUGGUGACGAUGAAGUGCAAGCCGUCGUGUGUGGCAACGACUCGGAGCCGUCGGGUUGGAAAUGGGAGUAUUUGGACUACUUUGGCCAGCCUCUGGACCUGCCGAACAGGAAGCUAUUGCUGUUUCCGGGCUUCAACCUCGUUGAUUCCGGGGCCGCCUUGUACGCCGGCAAUGCCCUGUUCACCGACCAGAAGUGUGUGGUCGAUGCGGAAUCCGAGUACCGCCGCAACGCGCCGACGCCGAGAGCAGAGCGAUCGAACCGCACCGGCAGUUCGAGCGGGUUGUCUCCCACCAUAAGACGCCUGUCACUGUCUUUUGGGAGUCCGUCGACUUCGACUUCGACUUCGAGCCCCCAGGAGUUGAAGUCCAAAUCCUCCGAGGUGAACGACGCCAUCGUCAGGACCAAGUAG